CUGGUCUAUUAUUCCCACCGCACACCGACUCAUCAUUCCAAUCGACUCUUCCUUCGACUUGAACACGAACAAACGAACGCAACCAUGGACGUGAGACAAGCGAUCAACGCCCAAACCGACGUUGCUUUGUCUCUCUCGAAGCAGCUCCUCCUCGUCGCCGACUCCAAGGGCUCGAACGUCGUCUUCUCUCCGCUCUCCAUCCACGUCGUCCUCAGCCUGAUCGCCGCCGGCUCCAGCGGGCCCACCCGGUCGGAGCUCCUCUCCUUCCUCAAGUCCCAGUCCCCUGACCACCUGAACUGCUUCGCUUCCGAGCUCGUCUCCGUCGUCUUCUCCGACGGCAGCCCCGCCGGCGGCCCCAAGCUCUCCUUCGCCAAUGGCCUCUGGCUCGACACCUCCCUCUCCCUCAAGCCAUCCUUCAAACAAGUGGUGGACACCGCGUACAGGGCCGCCACUCAACUCGCCGAUUUCAAGACCAAGGCUAUCGAAGUGGCCGGUCAGGUGAACUCAUGGGCUGAGAAGGAGACGAGUGGCCUCAUCAAGGAGGUUCUUCCCGCUGGUUCAGUCGAUGCCAGUACCCGUCUGAUCUUUGCGAAUGCUCUCUACUUCAAAGGGGCUUGGAAUGAGAAGUUCGACCCGUCGAGAACCAAGGAUGCCGAAUUCCAUCUUCUCGAUGGGAACCACAUUCAGGUUCCUUUCAUGACCAGCAAGAAGAAGCAGAUGGUGAGCGCCUUUGAUGGGUUCAAAGUCCUCGGUCUACCUUACAAGCAAGGAGAGGACAAAAGGAGUUUAUCCAUGUACUUCUACCUUCCCGAUGCGAAGGACGGACUUUCAUCUCUGGCAGAGAAGGUCUGCUCCGAGCCUGGGUUCUUAGACCGCCAUAUUCCUCAGCAGAAGGUGGAAGUGGGCGACUUCAGAAUCCCGAGGUUCAAGAUCUCGUUCGGGUUUGAAGCUUCGGAAGUUCUGAAGCAGCUAGGAGUGGUGGGGGCCUUCUCAGGUAAAGGGGGUCUGAUGGAGAUGGUGGACUCUGCGGAGGGGCAUAACCUCUAUGUUUCGAGCGUGUUCCACAAGUCCUUCAUUGAAGUGAACGAGGAGGGUACUGAAGCUGCGGCUGCCUCUGCCGGCGUUAUAAAACUCCGAUCUCUGUUGCUGGCUGAGAAGAUAGACUUCGUAGCUGACCAUCCGUUCCUGUUCCUUAUACGAGAGAACGUGACUGGGACGGUUCUAUUCAUCGGUCAGGUCCUUAAUCCUUUAACUGUCUGAUCAUAUAUACAUCGACUGUUCUGAGACGUGAUGGCUUUUGAUAUGGAAAUGCUUAGAGUGGCCUUCUGAGACUUGAUAGCUUGUAUGGCAUAUAACAUUCAAAUAAAUGUCGUGUGGAUGUAUGUGAACUAGCCCGGGAUCUAGGAUGUAACAGUACGUGUACUAUAGUAUGAAGUAAAAGAGCUGAGAAAUAUUCUGUACGCUGUUGUAUCCUUACAUUCUGGUGUAUCCUUGCAUGCUGCUGUUGUUUCAGGAUUUGGAUCUGGUUGAACGUCAAAAUGGAAGAUGUAAUCUAGAGGCCGAAAACUUAUUAA